CAUUACGAUGAUCACACUAUUGUAAAUAGGUUGGAUUAGAAAUAGUAUCAAUCAAACAAACAAACAGAAUAAAGUAUUAUUCGCAUUCUUUACUUUCUUAUCGAUAUUUCUGCAAAAUUCUCACAUUUUCAUUCUCCACACUGUUUAUACUAUACAUAGAAAGAUACAGCGAUGGCAAGGGUAAUCCCUAUGGCGUUAUCAAUUAGACCCUCGCUCUCCUCUUCCAGUUCUCGCUUUGUUGUUUCUCGUUGCUCGCCCCCUUAUCAUCGCAUGCUGAGUUUAUCACAUCUCAGCAGUGCGAUGCCUCAGUUUCAAUCCUUCGGGCUUACAACUUCAAAGUUAUUUAGAGGAGAGGGUGGCAGGAUAUCAGUUAGUGCUGCUAGAACUGUGGCACAAGCAAGUACUGCUACUACCCAAGAAAAUGUCUUAGAUUGGGUUAAGAAAGACAAGAGAAGAAUGCUCCAUGUUGUUUACCGUGUGGGGGACAUGGAUAGGACCAUAAAAUUUUACACAGAGUGUCUAGGGAUGAAACUGCUUAGAAAACGUGACAUACCGGAGGAAAGAUAUACAAAUGCGUUUCUCGGAUAUGGUCCUGAAGAUUCUCACUUUGUGGUUGAACUCACUUACAAUUAUGGGGUUGACAGCUAUGAAAUUGGAACUGGUUUUGGCCAUUUUGGAAUUGCAGUUGAUGAUAUAACAAAGACUGUUGACCUCAUAAAAGCUAAAGGUGGUAAAGUUGCCCGAGAACCUGGUCCUGUGAAAGGUGGCAACACUGUUAUUGCAUUCAUAGAAGAUCCCGAUGGUUAUAAGUUCGAACUUUUGGAGAGAGGUCCUACACCUGAGCCUUUGUGCCAAGUAAUGCUUCGAGUUGGAGAUCUUGAUCGUUCUAUUGAGUUCUAUGAGAAGGCUUAUGGCAUGGAGCUUCUUCGCAAGCGAGACAAUCCUGAUUACAAGUAUACGAUAGCAAUGAUGGGCUAUGGUCCUGAAGAUAAAAAUGCAGUAAUGGAGUUGACAUACAACUAUGGGGUUACUGAAUAUGAUAAAGGAAAUGCUUAUGCUCAGAUAGCAAUUGGCACAGACGACGUUUAUAAAACGGCAGAUGCAAUUAAGCUCUGUGGUGGAAUGAUUACCCGAGAACCUGGACCACUACCUGGUAUUAAUACCAAGAUUACUGCAUGUCUGGAUCCUGAUGGUUGGAAGACGGUUUUUGUUGACAACAUUGAUUUUCUUAAGGAGUUGGAGUAAGCACUUGGUACAAAGUUGUCAUGCCAAUCCCCCUGAAAAGGGUCAUAUGUAGAGAUUCACUAUGCUUCCUCAGUUACAUUGCUCUCUGGAAAUGUUCCUUUAGAAGCAUAUUUUUACAGUUGGGCUGCAUGAUGCAAAGUUUGGCCGAAUUUUUUUCGCUGCUCCAUUUGAGCGACAAAAAUUAAUCGGCCAUUGUGCCAAUGCAGGAAAAGUUGGUCAAUCUUUUUGUAUAUUGUAUCAUUUUCAUGUCAAAUGUUGAUCAAACUUAGUCCUUAAUGGGAUCAUGAAACCAAUAGCAAGCACAUGUAUAACUGUUUGAUUACUGUUAUUCAAGAUUGUAGCUUUUUUGUAUAGCUCCAAGGGAAAUGGUUUCAAUAAGCCACUCAGAAAUUUUUUACUCUUCA